AUGGGAGAUUGGUACUACAGUGAUCCGUAUGAGUACUAUUAUUGGGACAACAGUUACCCGUAUGAGUACUAUUACCCCUAUGAGCUGGAACCUUUCAUUUCAAACACCAUACGUGUGACAUCAUGGAUUGCCAUCUCCAUCGGCCUACCUUUGAUCUUGGCGGCCCUCUGCUCUCUGUAUUCCAUGGUUCGAGACAACCAUGUUGUUCCAGUCUACGUCAUCAACCUCCUCGUCUCUGAUCUCAUCCAGAUGUGCUGCUUUGUCAUGUUGCUGGCAGCACCCCAACACUUAAUUUUGACCUCCACUCGUCUUUAUUACGCUGGUUUGAUGGCCAGCGUCGGCUUCAUGGUGUGUGUAGCCAUGGAAAGGUAUUUGCUCAUCGCCUGGCCAGUGUGGUACCGCUUGAGACGAAACGUCAAGGUCUCUCUGGUGGUCUGUUUCAUGGUCUGGGUUAUCCCCUCGGUUUAUUUCAUUCUCCUCUUUUGCAUAAAGGAUAGUGUGACCCAAGACAUCCUCCUGUCCAGCUACGUCCUCCUGCCCUUUCCCCUGCUCAUCUUCUUUCUGGCUGGGAGCCUCAAAGCCCUGUCUUCCUCCAUCUCUGUUGCCCCUGAGGAAAAACGGCUUAUUGUGGGAACCUUGGUUCUGGUGCUGCUUAACUAUGCACUGUUCCUGCCCUCGAUCAUUUUGCUCCUUGCUAAGUUGUAUGAUGACUUAUUUUCAGUGAAAUGUUCAAAUGCCCCCUUCAUCUUACUUCAGUUCAGUCCCUUUAUGGACUUGGUUCUGUAUGUUUUCAUGAUGAAAGGGGCUGUAGACAAGCUGCUGGCCUUCCUGUGUCGAUGCAGGAUGACCACAGAGCAAGAGCAGGGGCAGAUCCCCACUGUGAACAGCAACACUCCACAAAUUCCCACCUUAACUAUCAGCCUUCCAGAGGGCUGCACACCCUCAUGA